AUGCGCUCUCCUACGUUAAAUGAUCUUAUUCUUGCAUACCAGAAUGAAAAGUCGGCGAAAAGGCUACUUCCUUAUGCUUCCCAGGUAAUGAACUACUUCCUCGAUGCAGUUUCAAGAAGGACUGAAGGCAUGAAAUCAUUAGACAAAUCGAUACUGAAGAAUAUAUACGAGUUGGAAUUGGAGAGAAUAAAGUUUUUUGCCAAGGAGUACGUGAAAGUUAGAUUGAAAAAGUUGGUUACAAACCUAUAUGAAGACAGAUCGUUCUUGUCUCCGAGAGAGGCCGUUUUUUACGAGAAAUAUAUUUCUUUGUUAAAAAAAAGAGAUAUAUAUGUUACAGAGAAAAAGUUCUAUCAAACCCACGAAUUUGUUGGAUUUUACUGCUGUGCCGAUAUCCAUGGAAUAGUAAUCGAUGGGGAAAUGGUGGAAAUGUUUAAAGGAGACUUCUUUGUUGCUCCCUUAGAUGAUGUAAUGGAUCUUCUGAAGAAAAACGAGAUAAUUCUGUUCUAG